AUGGCCGGCUCCAACUCUCCAACCCCCACGUAUGUGCCAGCUUCAAGUAUCCAGGCAGAGAUACGAACGAUCAAGACCAUGUACGAGCGGCGCCGACCGGAGUUCGUCUGGACGGGACCCUUCCUCAUCGUCGUCACCGCCGCGGCCUUCAUCGCCGCCGGCUUCGCCGCCCACCUCGGGCACGGCCACCUCUCCACCGCGGCCUUCGCCGCCCACCUCGGGCACGGCUCAACCUUCUUCACCACUGCCGCGGCCCUCGCUGCCGCGAGCUUCCUCACCAUCUUCGUCGUCGCCGCGGUCGACGCGGCGGCCACCUUCUCCGUUGACGCCACCGCGGGUUUCAGCCUCGCCGCGUUUCCUUGGCCAACACCCGGGGAACACCCGCACGCCCGGCUAGCUGCGGCCGCGUCCGUGGCGUCGUCUUCUUCAUCACCACCAACGUCUUCGACAUGCAAGCUGCGCCGGCAACAGCGCGGCAGCAGCCCCGCCGGCUGCGGCCGCUCCGUCUCCGUCCAAGAUCGUCUCCACCUCCGCAGCACCCCGCUCUGCGACCACGGGUGCGUGCACUGGGCCUCCCCGUCCGUGCCUCAACUUCCGCAGCAGCUCCACCAAACUCACGGCCUGCGAGCAGCGCGUGUGAGCAAACAGCAGCAGCACCACAGCCACGGCCGCGUCGGCAGCAGCGCGGCAGCAGCCCCGUCGACCAGUCAUUGCGCGCUCCCUCCUGCGAGCCGCGCCGCCAUCCGCACAUCAGCAAGCAACAGCCACAGUGGCGCGAGCCAGCGAGUAACUGCACUGCCAAAUGCACAUGCAUCCAUGCGCACGUGCAUGCAGCUAAGGAGCAAAGCAGCAACCACGCGCGGCUCGUCUCACCGUUGCAUCAUCCGGCUUCGCCGCUACCAACUCCACUCUCGGUGCUGCCGGCAGCGCCCUACGUCCGGCUGCGACGGCCGCCACCAGCUGCACCCCGCACCCCUCAUCCAGCUCGCCCUCGCCGCGCCACCUCCGCGCGCGGCCUCGUCAAGCUCCGGUUGCGGCGUACAUGCUCCACCGUCCGGCUCGCCGCCUCCGACUCGCGGCCAAGCCGAGAACCGCGGCAGCACCCACGCGCCGCAACAACAACACCGACAAAGCACCAUCUCCCUCGUACGGUCGAUGCUGCCGGCUGAAGCUCCUUCGACGUUGCCGACCGCGUCCGCUGCGCCCGAGCUGCGUCCGCGCGACCUCCGGCUGCGCCCCCCACGGACAACACCGGCUGCUGCACGCAGCGCGCUGGCCGGCUUCGCCAACGCCCAUCCUCGGCCGGCUUGCUGCGAGCAUCUCCGGGUCCGGCCGCACGCGUCCCAGCAGCAGCGACACGACUCGUGCGCCUCCAACUGCCAUGCCUCGUUGAGCUCACGCCGCUGGCCACCUCCGGCUGCGCCCCCGCUACGACCAAGUCCGGCUGCCACGGCCUCCGUGGCCAUCUCCGGCUUCCUGCGACGGCUACGCCCUGGUUCAACUUCGGCUGCGCGUCGCCUCCACCGGGCCGGCUUCCGCCAAAAUCGACCUCACCAUGGCCGGCUCCCGCCCACCACGGCCACCUUCGGUUGCGUGCGCGCGAGCAGCAGCACCAACAUGCACGUCAUCCCGCGGUCCGACUCGCACCGGGGCGCUAUUACGCGAACAGGUGCACGCCCGCCUGCUGCGGCCCCUGGGGUCCAGUGCCCGUCCUGCGCCUCGCCGCGCCACGCUGUGCUCCGUCGGAUGGAGGGCUGUUGGCCGAAAGAAAAGAAAAAUCAUGGGGUUUGA